AUGGGGUUCCCGGCCUUGGGCAUAGAUCUAUUGUCAAAUUGGUCUGCUUUAACAGCUGCAGUAUGCCUCUAUAGCUCUAAUAUUGCCUGGACAGUCCUGUACGACAUGAUCUAUGCUCAUAUGGAUAUCAAGGAUGACGCCAAGGCUGGGAUCAAGAGUAUAGCCCUGAAACAUGAUGCGCAAACGAAGCAAAUUCUUACAGGGCUAGCUGCAACACAGAUUGCUCUUCUUGCUGCAGCAGGCACUGCCGCCGGUGCUGGGCCAGCCUUCUUUAUAGGGAGCUGCGGGGGAGCUGCCAUUACUUUGGCUCUCAUGAUCAAAAAGGUCAACUUGAAAAGCGUCAAAAACUGUUGGUGGUGGUUUGUGAACGGAUGCUGGAUCACAGGCGGCACCAUCAGCCUGGGCCUGGCGGCGGACUACUUCAUUCGGCUUUCAGAGGACCAUACUCAUGGCCAGAACAAGGAUCUUGGGCCACUUUAA